AUGGAUCAGCUUGGAGAAGGUCAAGCAGUUAUGGUUGGAGGUGCCAAUGGCACUGUUCAAGUCGUUCAAAUGGGCCAAGCCAGUUGCCAGGGUCAAACAGUUAUGCUUCCACAGGCAAUCCAGGUUGCUGCACCAAAUGGACAGAUACAGGUUGUCCCUAUGUCUAGUUUGACCGGAGCGGGUCAACAGAUAGUUAUUCAACCUCAAACGCCGCAGAUUAUUCAGACACCGGAUGGUCAAACUUACAUAUAUCAGCCUGUUCAGCUUGACAACCAAAUUCAGCAACAGCCACAGCCUACAGUAAUAAACAUCAAUGGAAAUUUGAUGCAAAUUGCUAGUCCAACGGCGCAAACAACCACAGCAGCAAGUCCAGUUCAACAAAUCACAACCCCAACAGCAGCUACUCAGGCAGGAAACAUUGUUAUGAUGGUUCCGAGUACUAGUAGCACUCCUCAAUUUCAACGUGUAGCUCUUCCGAAUGCUGAAUUUCUUACAGAAGAAGAACCUCUUUACGUUAAUGCAAAACAGUAUAAACGUAUUUUGAAGCGUCGGCAGGCAAGAGCAAGACUUGAAGCUGAAGGAAAAAUUCCAAAAGAACGACCAAAAUAUCUUCACGAAUCGCGUCAUCGACACGCAAUGAAUAGAAUUCGUGGUGAAGGUGGUCGUUUUCAUUCAGGCCAAAUGAAGAAAAAAGGAAAAUCCAAUAACAACGCUAUGAUGAAUCAGCACAUAGCUACCUCGACCAGUAACAGCAACAUGACAUCUACAAUCAUCAUCGAGCAUGCUCAUCCUGGUGAAGUUUUACCCGACAUUAUUAAUAACGAAACUUUAGUUAGUAUGAAAUAAUAGUAAUUUUAAUUUUUGGAGGUUUUUUUUAAAGGCUUCUAAAUUUUUCCUGAGAAGUCUGUGAUCUAUUGGAAGUUACAUUAAGUAAGAAAUUUAUCAUCAUCAAUCUCGAAAUAUGUUUCAUUAAAAAUGUACAUACUUAUUCGGUUCAUUAAAUCGGUGAAUGUUUUUUGUUGUUGAUGGUAAUGAAUUUCGUAAGGAAUUUUUUUCCUCUACAAAAGAGUUUAAGAAUAAUUGAACGACCAAUAAUUGCUCAAUUGUUCUCAAACUCACAAUAUUUGCUUUCUAUCUAUGAAAGCAUCUUUGUAAAAAAAUUUAGAAAACAAUUCUGUUUUCAACGAAAAAGUAUGCACUAAUUGGUGAACUUGACUCGUUUGCUCAAUGAUCAAAGUAACUGCAAACGCGGAAUUUUACAAUAGUCAUACUAAACAUCACACAUGCUAAAUUUUUUAAAUUUAUUAAAAAGUGUAUGUUGUACGUUUGUCAUAAAUAAUAUCAUUGAAUAUCUAGUUGCAAAGUUUGAUGUAAUAGGGCAAGUACAAUCACCCUUAAUUCAAAUAAUCAAAGAAAUUGCUUUUUAUAUUAUUACAGAGCGUAAGUAGUAGUAUAUAUUUUGUUCAUUUUUU